AUGACGAAACUUCUCGUCGUCGUUGGUGCCACUGGUGGGCAAGGUGGCUCCGUAUUAGCAACACUGUUGGGAAAUACAGAGUGGCGGCUUCGUGGAAUCACUCGUGAUCUGAAUGGUGCUGAGGCCAAGAGACUGACAGCUCAGGGGGUAGAAAUGGUAGCCGCUGAUCUGGACGACUACAGCUCGGUUCAGGCUGCCUUUGCCGGAGCUAAUGCCAUCUUUGCCGUGACCAACUACCCGGGCUUACUCUCUAAAAUUGGCGUCAUCGAAGAAGCUCGUGUACGGGAACAGGGCCAGGGCACCAACAUGGCCCGCGCGGCAAGCGAGGUCCCUGAGCUGGAUCACUACAUCUGGAGCACCCUGCCGGAUUCGGAAGCCAUCUCUGGCAAAGAGUGGUAUAUUCCUCAUUUCUGUGGCAAGGGCCGUGUCGACGCGUACAUCAAGAACGAAUUGCCUGGUCUCUUCAGUAAGACCACCCGUCUGACAUUACCCUUGUAUGGUGACAAUUUCCAAUAUCCCGUGGUGACACCGCGGCCAAUUAAAUCCACCAGCAAAUACGUGCACUUGGUUCCUUGGUCCCCACAAUGCCCCGUCACGCUCGUAGGAUCACACAAAGACAAUGUCGGUCCCGUCGUGCAGGCGAUCCUACAGCAGGGACCAGCAAAACUCGGUAGCAGGCACGUAGUGGCCGCAGUUGAGGAGACCACCGCCGCCGGAAUGCUGCAGAUGUGGAGUGAAGCUACGGGGGAGGACGCCAUUCACGUUCAGAUCUCUAUGGAAGAUUAUGAGAAGUUAUGGCCGGUGUGGGCCACCGAGAUGGCGGCCAUGUAUAUGUGGUGGCAGCAUGAGGGUAAGGCUCUCUGGGCGCUCCGAGAUGAGAAGGUUGUUACGAUUGAAGAUCUUGGCCUGAAUCCACGAGAACUGGUGUCGACCAAACAGGCUAUGUUGACAAGGGAUUGGGAUGCGCUAUGUUAA